CGGGGGCGGGGCGGCGCGUGGGCGCCUGAGCUGGGCUCCCGCGCCGGCGGCGGGGUCGGGCCGGGCCGGGCCGGGCGGCGGCGGCGGGGCCGGUGCCGGUGCCGGUGCCGCGGGGCGGCGGCGGCGGGCGGGAUGGAGGGCGGCGCGGCGGCGCGUAUCCGCGAGGGCUGGUUCCGCGAGACGUGCCGGCUGUGGCCGGGGCAGGCCAUGUCGCUGCAGGUGGAGGAGCUGCUGCACCACCAGCGCUCCCGCUACCAGGAGAUCCUCGUCUUCCGCAGCACCACCUACGGCAACGUGCUGGUCCUGGACGGCGUGAUCCAGUGCACGGAGCGCGACGAGUUCUCCUACCAGGAGACCAUCGCCAACCUGCCGCUCUGCAGCCACCCCGACCCGCGCAAGGUGCUCAUCAUCGGCGGCGGCGACGGGGGAGUGCUGCGGGAGGUGGUGAAGCACCCCGCCGUGGAGUCCGUGGUGCAGUGCGAGAUCGACGAGGAUGUGAUCCAGGUAUCUAAGAAAUACCUCCCGGGGAUGGCAGUGGGCUACUCCAGUGCUAAGCUGACCUUGCACGUGGGAGACGGUUUUGAGUUCAUGAAACAAAAUCAAGAAGCCUUUGAUGUGAUUAUCACGGACUCGUCUGACCCCAUGGGUCCUGCAGAAAGUUUAUUCAAAGAAUCCUACUACCAGCUGAUGAAGACAGCUCUGCGAGAAGAUGGGAUUCUCUGCUGCCAAGGUGAGUGCCAGUGGCUGCACCUGGAUCUCAUUAAGGAGAUGCGUCAGUUCUGCAAGUCUCUGUUUCCUGUGGUGGAAUACGCCUACUGUACCAUCCCCACAUAUCCCAGCGGGCAGAUUGGCUUCAUGCUGUGCAGCAAGAACCCGAACACAAAUUUCCGGGAGCCUGUGCAGCAGCUCUCACAGCAACAAGUGGAGGAGAGGAGUCUGAAAUACUACAACUCUGACAUCCAUCGAGCAGCUUUCAUCCUGCCGGAGUUUGCACGGAAGGCCCUGAGUGAUGUGUGAGACUUGAGAAGCUGCUUUCUCCCUUCAAGUUGGACCCUGAGAUCAUCAGUGAUGUGGUGGGGACUUUCCCAGCAGACUGCAGAUUUACUCCCCACUGUGCGGGAUUGUUUAACCCUUUGCCAGCCAACAUUCCUUUUGAUGAUGUGUGAAAGAUGAUGGGGCAUAAGCCACAUAAGACUAUUGAAAAGCUCCAGUGACUUAUUGCGUGGGGUCAAAACUGUUCUUUCCAGUGCUGGAAACGUAAGAUGUCUUUUCUUCCUUUCUCCUCCCCUCCCUACACCCAUUCUAUAUCCCUUCUCCCUCUUUCCCUCCUCCCUCCAGCUGACAUGGUAUAUUUAUAACUGACAUGUAUUUCUGUCUGGCGAUCUUCUGGAACUUGGGAGGAGUCCAGAAGGUUCACUAACUCAGCCUUAAACACAAAGAGCAAGAGCUUUGUGUGGAAAGUUAGCCUGCUCUCUCCUAACGGGAGCUUCCCUGCUGCUGAGACAUUUUAACUGGUAACAGGUCUGAGCCUUCAUGUCCCACUGCCCUUCUGUGACACCUGCACUGCUCUGCAGCACAGUUGGAGAAGUCACAGUGCAAACCGUUGUCAUUCACAGUAGGUCUCCCUCCAACCCUGAUGGAGUAGCAGUAUUAAACACCAGCCAGGCAGGCUGGCAGCAAAGCUUUGUGGCUUUUUUUUUUUUUUCUUUCAAUUGGUUGGAAACAGAAGUGCUGAGGUACUAACAGGCUGACUCCUGUUCUUAUCCCUGCCAUCAGAGUGGUUCCAAAGAAUGUUUACCAAUACGGUGAUAGGCGCUUUAUAUAUAUAAAUAUAAAUAUAUAUAUAUAAAAAAAACAAACCUUAGAUCCAUUGCCUGCUGUACAGUACUGAUGAAGGGGAGUCAGUUGCUCUGACAAGUCUUUGAUCUCGGUCAUGCUGAGAUGCCUCAGGCCUGGGUAUUUGCUAGUUCUUAAGAGGCGUUGUUAUUUCCAGUGCUGCCCCCAGGACCCCCAGAUGCAUACAUUGUUUUUCAUUGUGUUCUGUUGUGAGAUGGAGCUGCCUCCACCUCUUCACUUUUGUUUUAAAGACUCCGUGCCACCGCUGUGCAGUGGGUAUCUUCCCAGCACAACCACUGUGCAGUUGUCACUCCUUUGCAAUCCAUUAAACACUCGGCUCUGGUUAAGGUGUCAUCAGUGCGGGUCAGUGUGCUUCUCUGGGGAGAGUAUGGGGGUGGAAACGGAGAUCCUGAAUGUCUGCUGUGCUUGUUAGAAUGCAUCCAGAGGAACUCUCUAGGUGGUCUGACUUCCUCUCUCCCUUGUCUCUAGGGAUGACAAACAUCAUCAAAAAUAAACUCUGAAGAGUGAUCCA